GCGGGACGACCCUCACCAGCAGUCGCAGAGAAGUGAUAGGUCCUAGUGAGGAAGAGACUGAGGACUCGCCCGAUUGAGAGGAAAGGACCGAUCACGGCGAACAAUCCGACCAACAAUCGCACCCCCGGAGCCCUGACAAUGACCCAUUUCUCGAAAUGUCUCUACUCGCCUCACAUCCGAUUCAAGUACCUUCACAUCUGAACACCGACGGUGUCGACACUACCAUGGCCACUGAUGGCGACACCAUAUAUCCCGACUCCAGCGCGGCAAUUCCAGGACCAACCCUCGAUAUGCUGCAUAACCUUCCGGUCGAACCCUCGACCAUCGCCAACUGGGACCUCAACCCCCAGUCGGUCGAACAGGAGCCGCCUCAAACCCCCAGUAGUGUUCACCCCGCCGCAUUAGCCCUUGGCCAGGCAGGCGCAAGCGCAUUGACCGAUGGAACAUUGCACGGAGCGCUCAGCCAUGCUCUCGCGGGAGUAAGUCCGGGAAUCAACUCAUUCGAUCCGAAUAACUUCGCCUCCAUCCAAUCGAGCGAUGGUCACCAUGGCGGCAAUUCCACUCCGCACCCGCAGACCAUUAUGGCGUUCGCGAAACUUGGCUUCCCGGACGGCAACUUUUAUAUCAACACCAAGCGCGUUUAUAUUGGCCGAGACUUGAGACUAUAUAAGAUGCUCAAGAGCAAAUCCAGAGAAAACUCGAAUGAGGAUGCUCUCCAGGCGAUCGCCAGGGACCUAGGGAAUGGAGGUCACUCGGGGCAGAUGAGCGCUGCACAAAGUCAAAUCAGCGAGAGCGGAGGCAUCGUCGGUCCGUCUGCCGACUCCUUAAUGGCACUGAAGAGCCGUCGCUCAAGGCAUGCCGCCUCCGAGUCGCAGGAUUCCAUCAACUCCGACGGGGCCAACCUCACUCAUGAGUUUUACCAUCCGUUGGCCCCGAGUGUCGCGGCCGACGCGCAACUGGACAAACGAAACGGCACCACCAUCAACCAUACAAGCGAGUUCCCUCCCGACUUCUCGAGCUUUGCCGCCGACCCCAACGAAGAGCCAUUUGUUCCGGUUCACAACCCGGUAGGGCCCAACGAGAAAUCCCACGGAGCCAUCUCACGAAAGCACCUCUCCAUAUACUUCAGCAUCUCCGAGCAGGUUUGGAGAAUGGAGGUCCUGGGAAUUAAUGGUGCCUUCUUGGACGGCGUUCACCUCGAACGAGGUGACGACAGGGUCCUGGAAAGCGGUAAUAUUAUGCAAAUUGGCGGUGUUAGGAUCUCCUUCAUAUUGCCGGAGAAUACGGUUCAAGAUGAUAACCGGAGCGAGAAGAUGAGCGUCAGCUUUGAAGACGAGGAAGGGAAUGAGAUCGACACACACAUCUCCGGAGAGUCCGAAGAAGAAUACGAGCAGCCGGAGUACUAUUACUAUGGCUCACAAGCCGAGUUUGAUGAUGACGAGGACCUCGAUCAGCAUGGGGUCGACAACGAGGAUGAGGAUAUGGAAGAUGAGGACAGCGAGUCCCCUGGAGAAGUCGAAUACACCAAGAAACCGGCGAAGCCUCCUCUGAAGCUUCGAAUCAAGGAGAAAGAGCCAGAGAAGCCGCCGACACACGAUCCGCGGUGGAAGCACAAAGGCGGCAAGACAAAGCCAUCGACGGCCCUGGAGAAGCAGGAGAAACAGGCACCCCAGAAGCAGCAGACGAAAGCGCAGAAGAAAGAGGCGUUGAAGAAGAAUCUGAAGAUCACGACCAAGGUCAAUGGCCGCCCAGCACCUCCGAAAGUCAAGUCACCUGAGGAGCCGGUGUCCAGUCCACCAGACGAGAGUGAUGCUGCCUCACCCAGCGCGAUGCUGCCAUCCACCGAAAACAUUUCUCGUGAACGUGAUCUAGUCAAUGGCGUCGAUGUUCAUGUCCCAGGGCUUCCCAUCGGCAUCGUCAUCCCCGCUCGGCCCCGUGGACCAGGUCGGCCCUCAAAAGAAUUCCUGUCGAAACGCGAGAAACAACAAUUGCUGCGAGAGUACAAGGAGCGAAAGCGUCGCGAAGAGCAAGGCCUGGAUCCCAAUGAAGUGACCCCAGCACCCGAGCGAUUGGAUAGUGACCAUGACGAAGGAAAUGAGGCCGACGAGGAGCACCCACGUGAACCUCGUCCACCCGUGGAGAAACCCGCUGGGUAUAUUCCGAAAGUCGACAAGCCGCCCAAACGCGAGCGGUCUCCAUCUCCCGAGAUGCGCCUCGCGGACUACACCCCCGAGCAGCUGAAGGCCCCAAGCAAACCCUACGUCGUGAUCAUCUACGAAGUCCUCAGCGCCUCCACCCAGCCGUUGAACCUGAAGUCCAUCUACAAGCGGAUUAUGAUGCGCUACCCACACUAUAAAUUCUCCGUCGAUGGAAAUGGUUGGCAAAGUAGUGUGCGACACAAUCUUGCGCAACAUCCUUGUUUCCGCAAAGUGGAGAAAGACGGGAAGGGCUGGCUCUGGGGCAUCGAUCCAAACGAACCAUUCGAUAAGGACCGGAAGCGACGUGCAGAAGAAACGUUGCCAAAUCCUCGGAUCAAUGGCCCACGACCUGUGGCACCAGACGAGAAGUUGAUGUUCGUCGUCCAGACGAGUCCGGCACCACUGCGUGCUCUUCCUCUACCCCCGGCCAGCCUCCACCUCGACAGCGCACCAGAUGCUACUCCAGGCACUCCAUCACGACCUGGACAACCUUACCGCUCACCGUACUCUCAAAACUCCCCAUACCCCCAAAGAGUCUACCACAAUUAUCCCCCUCCCGCCCAGCAUCCUCCACCCCAUUUCGCACCCCACGCCUCCUCCUCCGGCCCAUUACCCCCACCUCCGGCCCGCCCGACUCCGAACAUCGCCUCAACCAACCACCUCCUCCCCUUCCAAGGUCCGCACAUUCAACCUGACCUCGCACCCCCCAUCGACGGCUUUCCGAACCCGUCCCUCCAGUUCUUCCGACUUUUCGGUGUCACGUUCCCCGACUACACAGCGGUCGGGUUCCUGAACUUCCGCAACUGGUACGUGAAGAAUAGCACGAACCACCCGAGCCAAAGCCUGCGGGAAGUCGACCACGCGAUGGCGGAGAGCUUCAAUGACAAGCCGCUACCAAUCCCGGGCCUCACGCAGCUGGAGAACGAACUGGUCAAGGUCAUUCGGAACGUGUUCAAUAAGAGCAAGGCAGGCCAGCCCGGACAGGUGGGGCCGCAGCAGGCGAGCCUGAAUGGCGGCGCGGCGGAGAAGGAGGCGGAGAAAUUGGUGGAGCAGAUGAAAGGCGAUGUGGAGGCCGUAGCCGUGUCGGGUUCGAGUGGUGCUGCGGGUAUGGGCCAAGGAGCGGAUCAGCAUCACUAUGGGCAGACGGUUGGCGCAAGGGCCACGGGACAGGUUACCGUGGAUUCACCGGACGACAUGGAAGAACAUGGAUUCGAGCCGUUGAGUGAUUCGGACAUCUCGUCCGACGACGAAGCGAUGGGAUACAUGGACGAACGCGAACGCAAUCACCGAGCCGAACUUCGUCAAAAAGCCGAGCGCCAUCACCAGGCCGAACUCCAUCAUCAAGCCGAGCGCCAUCACCAAGCCGAACGCAAUCGCCAAGCCGAACGCAAUCAUGAACGCGAGGGUAUCGGCGAAGGCCAAAUCAACGUCGAAGAUCACCGCAGUGUCAAUUCUUCCGCCAACUUGGAGGGCCAACCCAACGUCGGAGGUCAACCUAACGUCGAAAGUCAGCCCAACGUCGAAAGUCAUCCCAACGUCGAAGGUCAUCCCAACGUCGAAGGUCAACCCAACGUCGAAGGUCAACCCACCGCCGAAGGCCAACCUAGCCGCGAAGACGAACCUAGCCGCGAAGACGGACGCACUCACGAAGAUGAACCCACCCGCGCCAUACACGACGAAGUGAUGAAGGACGCAUAAACCCGUUGUCGGGAGAAAUACGCGGCCGACACCGGCAAUUCACGCGGAGAUUUCGACUCCAUGGCCCAAUCACAGAGCAUAGGCAUGCACAG